AUGGUUCCUCUACUCUCCCCUGAGGACAGAGCCUUCCUGGAUGUUGCUGAGCAGGUGUCUCAGGCACUUACCUAUGCAUUGCAUGUGGCUAGCACUGAUGGUGGUCUCCAAAGUGAAAACUUUACAGAAGCUGUCAUUAGCACAGUCAGAGUGCUGAUCCUAAACUCCAAUAUGAACUAUGCCCAAGCUAGCAACCUCACACAGGGGACUAUCCAGAUGGUAGAGACAGUGAUUCAUACUCUUUUACCAGCGGAGGCUGAUGUUUUGCUGGUUCCCAUUAAAAACAGCAUUUUAUCCUAUCUGAAUAACAUCUCCCAGCCUGCUGGAUUUGAUCAAUGGAAUGAACUUAUUAUGGAUGUGUUAAUAGAGCUUCAGAAUUCUCUGCCAUCAAACAACACAGCUCAGCCCAUCAUAUCAUCGAUAAUCAAGGUCACAGAAAACCUUCUGAGCUCAAAUGAAGGCAACUUGACCAGGAACUGGAUCGUUAACCAACAACUGACAAUUGCACUUGACAGAAUAUUCCAGGGGAAUGUUAGCUCCGUAGAUCUUGCAGGAGCUGGGGUAAAUCUUGACCAACUUUUGCAAGCCAUGGCUCCCCUACUCUCCCCUGAGGACAGAGUCUUUCUGGCUGUUGCUGAGCAGGUGUCUCAGGCACUAAACUAUGCAUCUCAUGUGGCUAGCACUGAUGGUGGUCUCCAAAGUGAAAACUUUACAGAAGCUGUCAUUAGCACAGUCAGAGUGGUUCUAGAGAGUAUUUCUAAUGAAAUUAGAGUUCUACCUCAGGAUGUGGUCAACAAUAUUCUUGGUGCUUUCAACGGUUCCCUUCAGCUGAUCCUAAACUCCAAUAUGAGCUAUGCCCAAGCUAGCACUCUCACACAGGGGACUAUCCAGAUGGUAGAGACAGUGAUUAAUACUCUUUUACCAGCGGAGGCAGUUGUGGUGCUGAUUCCCAUUAAAAACAGCAUUUUAUCCUUUCUGAAUAACGUCUCCCAGCCUGCUGGAUUUGAUCAAUGGAAUGAACUCAUUAUGAAUGUGUUAACAGAGCUUCAGAAUUCCCUGCCAUCAAACAACACAGCUCAGCCCAUCAUAUCAAUGAUAAUCAAGGUCACAGAAAACCUUCUGAGCUCAAAUGAAGGCAACUUGACCAGGAACUGGAUCGUUAACCAACAACUGGCAAUUGCACUUGACAGAAUGUUCCAUGGGAAUGUUAGCUCUGUAGAUCUUGCAGGAGCUGGGGUGAAUCUUGACCAACUUUUGCAAGCCAUGGCUCCUCUACUCUCCCCUGAGGACAGAGCCUUCCUGGAUGUUGCUGAGCAGGUGUCUCAGGCACUUACCUAUGCAUUGCAUGUGGCUAGCACUGAUGGUGGUCUCCAAAGUGAAAACUUUACAGAAGCUGUCAUUAGCACAGUCAGAGUGGUUCUGGAGAGUAUUUCUAAUGAAACUGGAGCCCUACCACAGGGUGAGGUUAACAAUAUUCUUGGUGCUUUCAAUGGUUCCCUUCAGCUGAUCCUAAACUCCAAUAUGAGCUAUGCCCAAGCUAGCAACCUCACACAGGGGACUAUCCAGAUGGUAGAGACAGUGAUUCAUACUCUUUUACCAGCGGAGGCAGUUGUGGUGCUGAUUCCCAUUAAAAACAGCAUUUUAUCCUAUCUGAAUAACAUCUCCCAGCCUGCUGGAUUUUAUCACUGGAAUGAACUCAUUAUGAAUGUGUUAACAGAGCUUCAGAAUUCUCUGCCAUCAAACAACACAGCUCAGCCCAUCAUAUCAAUGAUAAUCAAGGUCACAGAAAACCUUCUGAGCUCAAAUGAAGGCAACUUGACCAGGGACUGGAUCAUUAACCAACAACUGACAAUUGCACUUGACAGAAUCUUCCAUGGGAAUGUUAGCUCUGUAGAUCUUAUAGGAGCUGGAGUGAGUCUUGACCAACUUUUGCAAGCCAUGGCUCCUCUACUCUCCCCUGAGGACAGAGCCUUCCUGGAUGUUGCUGAGCAGGUGUCUCAGGCACUAACCUAUGCAUCGCAUGUGGCUAGCACUGAUGGUGGUCUCCAAAGUGAAAACUUUACAGAAGCUGUCAUUAGCACAGUCAGAGUGGUUCUGGAGAGUAUUUCUAAUGAAACCGGAGCUCUACCUCAGGAUGUGAUUAACAAAAUCCUUGGUGCUUUUAAUAGCUCACUUCAGCUGAUACGGAACCCCAAUAUAUAUUACAUGCAAGCUAACCACCUCACACAGGAGACUGUCCAGAUGCUAGGGGGAGCUAUUCAUGGCCAUUUGCCAGCAGAGGUGGCUGAGGUGUUGGUUCUCAUGAAAAACAGCAUUUUAGCAUAUUUGCAGAUCAUCUCCCAGUCUUCUGGACCUAACAAAUGGAAUGAAGUCAUUGUGAAUAUGAUGAGAGAGCUUCAGAAUUCACUGCCAUCAAACAACACAGCUCAGCCCAUCAUAUCUGUGAUUCUUAAGGUCACGAAAUAUAUUCUAAACUCAAAUGAAGGCAAGUUUUCUGUAUGGUGUUUGCUGGGGUUCAUUGUCAAAACAGUUUGUUAG